AUGGCUGCGUCUUCUUCGUCGGUCGCACCGCUUUUCGGAAUUAGAGAAGAAGAUCAAAACCCGCAGAUGAAGCAGCAACAUUCCUCUACACCGCCAACCUCGUCCACAGCUGCAGCAGCUGCUCCACCUCAGAAGAAAAAGAGAAACCAACCUGGAACACCAAGCAAAACAGAUCCAGAAGCAGAAGUGAUAGCACUAUCUCCCAAGACCCUAAUGGCAACAAACAGGUUCAUAUGUGAGGUAUGCAACAAAGGCUUCCAAAGGGAGCAGAACCUACAGCUCCACAGAAGAGGACACAACCUGCCUUGGAAGCUCAAGCAGAAGACUACAAAAGAACCCAAACGCAAAGUCUACCUGUGCCCCGAGCCCACAUGCGUCCACCACGACCCCUCCCGAGCUCUCGGUGACCUCACCGGCAUCAAAAAGCACUUCUCUAGAAAGCACGGCGAGAAGAAAUGGAAGUGCGAGAAGUGCUCCAAGCGCUACGCCGUGCAGUCCGAUUGGAAGGCCCAUUCUAAGACUUGUGGAACUAGAGAAUACAGAUGUGACUGUGGCACUCUCUUCUCAAGGCGGGACAGUUUUAUCACGCACAGGGCCUUCUGCGAUGCACUGGCUCAGGAAAGUGCAAGGCAUCCGCCCAGUUUGAGCACCAUUGGCAGCAGCUUAUAUGGGGGCAGCCUCAGCAACACUGGCCUCGGCUUAUCUCAUCAAGUUGUGGGCCCACCUCAAAUUUCCUCACUCCAGCAAGACCACAGUCAAUCCAGUACAGCUGCUGACAUCUUAAGACUUGGUGGUGCGGGUGCUGCUGGCGCUGCUCGGACCGGACAAUUCGAUCAUCUCCUGGGCUCAUCUUUUCGACCAGCUGCACAGUCCUCAGCAUCUUUCUUCUUGACUGCCGCUGAUCAGUCCACCCAACAACAAUACCAUGAUCAUGAUCAGGACAAGUCAUUCCAGGGCCUCAUGCAAUUCUCUGAUAAUCAUCAUCAUCAUCCUCAUCAUCAUCUUCAUCAGAACAACAACAACUCAAACAACCCACCUCAUCAUCACUCAGCAGGAGCCAAUCUAUUCAGCCUACCUUUCCUUUCCAACAACACCACCAAUACUACUAAUAAUAACAACAGUGCCACCAAUAACAAUUUACUAAUUAGUCCUGACCAUUUCAACACCAAUGUAAAUGGCACUACCACCGCUGCCGGAGGCAGUGAAGGUUCACAUAAUCUCUUCUCCGGUCACAUAGUGGGCGGUGAUCAUAUUAGCACCGGGAUACCUUCUCUCUACAGCACUAAUAGUAAUAUUAAUAAUAAUAAUCAGCAGCAUGCAUCUAUGGCGCACAUGUCAGCAACCGCACUGCUUCAGAAGGCUGCUCAAAUGGGCUCCACCAAUUCAAGCAACAACACCACUGCCUCGCUGCUUCGGAGCUUCGGCAGCUCCUCCUCAGCCACUGCUAAAUCCGACAGGCCCGGGGCGCUUGUUCCUUCCAGCUUAGGCGGCAUGUUCGGAAGUGAUCAACACGACCAGAGCCACCUGCAAGACCUAAUGAACUCGUUCGCUAAUACUGGUGGCUCAUCCAUUUUUGCAAAUGCGUCGUUUGGUGGCUACGAUGCUGCAGCAGCAAAUAGGGCUAUUAACAUGGAGGAGACAAAGUUGCAGCAGCAGAACAGUCUGGGGGUGAGCAACAUUGGAGGGGCUGAUAGGUUAACAAGGGACUUUCUUGGGGUUGGACAGGUGGUGAGGAGCAUGAGCGGGGGGUUUUCUCAUCAGAGAUCAGAGCAUCAUAGUGAACAACAGCAUGGAAUGGACAUGAGCUCAUUGGAUUCAGAAAGCAAUGCUGCAGCUGCAGCUGCGCCGUCAAGCCAAUCUUUUGGAGGAGGUGGGAAUUUUCAGUGA